AUGUCCCGCAGGAGAGCCGUUGUCGUCGUCACAGUCAUACUCAACACCGGUGCGGUUAUGCAGACCGCCGCGGAUCCAUACGCGGCAUUGGUAGCUGGGAGGACAGUCGGAGGCAUCGGUGUCGGGACACUGGCCACACCCGCAACAUUCAGACCGAAGUCUCUCGUCAUGUCUGGAAUCUUUAACGCUUCACAGCUCGUUGCCGCGGCGAUCCGUCUCGUCGUGCCCGUCGGCUAUCUGUGGCGCACUCGGCGGUGGGAUCGCCUGGGCUAUGAUGGCUGUCAUUGCUGGUCUAUACUCCCACGACUGGCCUGGACAUCCUGA